AUGCUUGCCGUCAAGGUCAGUGACCGCUUCUUGCAUGGUUGCGGUAAGGAUAAGCUUCUGGAUACCUUGACACAAGGGCUUAUCGAUGAAACUGUGACUCCUCACCGUAUACCAGCCUUGGUGGCUGCAAAGUACGAGGGCAAGGAGUAUGUCGUUUGCAGCAACCGGCGGCUGAAAUGCUACAAGGAUGCCUGGCACAGCGGACAUGAGUGUUGGUUCAAAGUGAUCGUCCAUGUCCUGCCAUCAAAGAUCCCUUCCAGCGUUUUGCCUUCAUCGCGAAGGCUGUCUUUUCGGUCGACACAAAGAACGACGGCCUGCAUGUGGCGGUCACUGCUUACUGUUGCCCCCGUGUCCUGA